AUGAUGAACAACGCCAUUGACCUUGCCAUUUCGACCAGGAGAUCCAAAUAUAGAGAAGUGCGAGUGGAGAGAAUCGAAGAGCGCGCCGGAUUAGAAGAGGAGACUGGACAUCUCCGGGUCGAGAUCUUGAGGAUCUUUGACGGAUCAACUUUCCUCCGAGAUGCGGAGCCUUUCGUUAAGACAACAAACGUCCUACCAAAUAUAUCUCCGAAGAAGCAAGAUAAGAAGGGCGAGAUCAAAGCAGAAAGAGAUCAGAAGAAGCUAGACUUAGCAAUCACACGCCACCUCGAGUUCGUCGUGCAUAUCCCCUCUGCCGUUCAGGAUGACGACGAUAUUGCUCAAGAAGCUAUUUCUUCAAUAGCACAAGCCUUGAAAGAAGCAGUAGAGCACACAGUGGAAGGCAGAGGUCAGGGUUACGGAAAUCAAAGCGCAACCCGGCAGAUCGAAGACCUGCGUACCCAAGUCCGACAACUUAGUGACGCCUCACUUGGGCAUCUCGACAUUUGCCGCAGAUUCUUAGAUGUUUAUCGACGGGACGUUCAGCAGAUCAUCAACACUGGACACAGGAUUCGAACCAGAAAGGCACGUGCUCAUCACGGCGAUUGCGUGACAGAUGCGGAGCUAUACGCAAGUGGAAAACGAGAAGAUGACUAUCUCUUUGUCCUAAUCUACGGACUUUCACACAAGAAAGUCCAACAGCUGGCACUUCACAAGAACCACACUGCGAUCCGUGCAUUGAUUGACUAUGGCACAAUGGAGGCCGAUUCAGAGAUUCGGAUACCCGAUCUUGUGAAGACAGCUUUCAUACGCUUCUGCUAUCAGCUUUGCGACAGUCCGUCGAAGAGCUUAUAUUACUAUGAUCAGGGUGACCCUUACAGAAGCCACUGGAAUUUCACGCUCAAGUUUCAACAGUGCAAGCAUGAUCGAAGAGCCGCCGAACGCACAGCUCGAAGAGAGCGCGACCAGAAACUAUCGCUUGACUCUAGCUGA